GAGACAAAGGUUUUGAUAUUUGCGUUGAACAGAUUCCUCCGUUGUUACUUGUCAGUGUCUCCACUACGGCACGAACGCUUUGGUUCUUCGCCGGAAACAAAAUAACAUAAAAAUCCAAUUUCUGCAAACACCGAUUCAUCGGAGUUCAAUGCCGGAGGAUUCUUCUUCGAUAGACUACGCGAUGGAGAAGGCAUCAGGGCCUCACUUCUCCGGUCUUCACUCUUCUUCUCCACCCAAUUCCUCCGUCAUCUCUUCACUUUCUCAUCUCCGAUCAGUUGUAUCUUCUUCUUCUUCUCCUGCUUCCGACGCUCCCAAACAACCCUUCAUUAUCGGUGAUUUUUUUCUCAAUCCCUGUUGUUUAGCAANUCAGCAGCUUCAUGACCAACGUGUUGUUCUAGUUAAUCAGGAUUCCUUUUACCGUGGUUUGACAUCGGAGGAGUUGCAGCGUGCGCAAGAGUACAACUUUGAUCAUCCCGAUGCCUUUGACAAUGAGCAGCUUUUGCAUUGUGCUGAGACUCUCAAGAGCGGGCUACCCUAUCAAGUUCCAAUCUACGACUUUAAGACCCAUCAACGUAGAUCUGAUACUUUUCGUCAGGUCAAUGCUUCUGAUGUUAUAAUUUUGGAAGGGAUUCUAAUCUUCCAUGACUCACGAGUGCGGAAUCUGAUGAAUAUGAAGAUCUUUGUUGACACAGAUGCUGAUGUAAGGCUUGCUCGCAGAAUCAGGCGUGACACAGCUGAGAGGGGUAGGGAUGUCAUUUCUGUGCUUGAACAGUAUGCAAAGUUUGUGAAGCCGGCAUUUGAUGACUUUGUGCUCCCGACGAAGAAAUAUGCUGAUGUAAUCAUACCUCGAGGAGGUGAUAAUCACGUUGCAGUCGAUUUGAUUACGCAACAUAUCCACACAAAACUUGGGCAGCAUGAUCUCUGCAAAAUCUACCCAAAUGUGUACGUCAUCCAGUCAACAUUUCAGAUAAGAGGCAUGCAUACACUUAUUCGGGAGAAGGACAUAUCAAAGCAUGAUUUUGUAUUCUAUUCAGAUCGACUCAUUCGUCUGGUCGUGGAGCAUGGUCUUGGUCAUUUGCCAUUCACUGAGAAACAAGUAGUUACUCCAACAGGAGCUGUAUAUACCGGUGUUGAUUUCUGCAAGAAGCUUUGUGGGGUCUCAAUUAUUCGAAGUGGUGAAAGCAUGGAAAAUGCAUUACGCGCUUGCUGCAAAGGAAUUAAAAUAGGGAAAAUUCUCAUCCACCGUGAUGGCGACAAUGGAAAACAGCUUAUUUAUGAGAAGCUUCCUCACGACAUCUCUGAACGCCAUGUCCUGCUUCUAGACCCUGUCUUAGCCACAGGUAACUCUGCAAAUCAAGCCAUUGAAUUACUCAUACAGAAAGGAGUACCUGAAGCUCACAUUAUAUUCCUCAACCUUAUCUCGGCGCCGGAGGGAAUCCACUGUGUCUGCAAACGUUUUCCAGCAUUGAAGAUAGUGACCUCUGAAAUAGACCAGGGUCUGAACCAAGAGUUCCGAGUUAUACCGGGCUUAGGCGAGUUUGGCGAUCGUUACUUCGGCACCGACGAGGAAGAUCAGUAGUCACCACUCAACACUCUGACCGGUUCGAGCAGAAAACAGACGCAUUGGUUUGGUGGUCCUACUAGCUUAAAUUUAUGACUAGAGACACUAGAGGAACUUGUAGUAUGUCUCGUCUCAAAAGAACCUACAUAAAGCUUGUGCCAUUAAUAUUUGUUUGUCCUAUGAUAAUCAUGAAUCUCUCUGCACCCAAA